AUGGGCUCAUUAAGCCGGCAGGUAGGCAGUGCCGUGGCGACGGCGGCGGCGGCGGCGGCGGGCCGUCCUGGAAUGUGCGAGGGGCAUGUCCCCACGAGACCUGCAACCAAGAUUGAACUUCUGCCUUCUUAUUCCACUGUGGCAUUGAUCGAAGAGCCCACAGAGGUGGAAGACCCCUGGGACCUGCCUGCGCUUCAGGACACAGGGAUCAAGUGGUCAGGAAAGGUGGCUGGGAAAUUCUUCAGUGACAACUCCAUGCUGUCCAACCCUGUGGCAGGGCUGGUGAUUGGGGUUCUGGUGACCGUCAUGGUGCAGAGUUCCAGUACUUCCUCAUCCAUCAUUGUCAGCAUGGUGGCCUCCUCACUGUUGACCGUGCGGGCUGCCAUCCCUAUCAUCAUGGGGGCCAACAUUGGAACCUCCAUCACCAACACCAUCGUUGCACUCAUGCAGGCAGGAGACCGGAAUGAAUUCCGAAGGGCUUUUGCAGGAGCCACCGUCCAUGACUUCUUCAACUGGCUCUCCGUGUUUGUGCUCUUGCCCCUGGAGGCCGCCACACAUUACCUGGAGGUCCUGACCAAUCUUGUGGUGGAGUCCUUCCACUUCAAGAAUGGUGAAGACGCCCCGGAACUUCUGAAAGUCAUCACAGAUCCCUUCACAAAGCUGAUUAUCCAGCUGGACAAAAAAGUCAUCAAUGAAAUUGCAAUGAAGGAUGAGUCAGCCCAAAACAAGAGUCUGGUCAAGAUUUGGUGCAAAACUUUUACCAAUGUGACUGAAAUGAAUGUCACUGUUCCCUCGCCUGAGAACUGCACUUCCCCUUCCCUGUGUUUCACGGAUGGUGCCCAAUAUUGGACCACAAAGAACGUGACCUACAAAGAGAAUAUCGCCAAAUGUCGGCACAUCUUUGUGAAUUUCAGCCUCCCCGAUCUUGCCAUUGGCCUCAUCCUGCUGAUAACCUCCCUGCUUGUCCUCUGCAUCUGCCUAGUCAUGAUUGUCAAGCUUCUCAACUCCGUACUCAAAGGGCAGGUUGCUAAUGUCAUCAAGAAGACACUCAAUACUGAUUUCCCCUUUCCCUUUGCCUGGUUGACUGGCUACCUGGCCAUUCUUGUGGGAGCAGGAAUGACCUUCAUCGUGCAGAGCAGCUCCGUGUUCACGUCUGCCAUGACCCCACUGAUUGGUAUUGGUGUGAUAAGCAUUGAGAGGGCAUAUCCACUCACGCUAGGUGCCAACAUCGGCACCACCACCACUGCCAUCCUGGCCGCCUUAGCCAGCCCAGGCAAUACCUUGAAGAGUUCGCUCCAGAUUGCCCUGUGCCACUUCUUCUUCAACAUCUCGGGCAUCUUGCUGUGGUACCCAAUCCCAUUCACCCGGUUGCCGAUUCGCCUGGCCAAGGGGCUGGGCAGCAUCUCUGCCAAGUACCGUUGGUUCGCCAUCUUCUACUUGUUCUUCUUUUUCUUCCUGACCCCACUGACAGUGUUUGGCCUCUCAUUGGCUGGCUGGCCAGUGUUGGUGGGCGUGGGUGUGCCCAUCAUCUUCCUGCUGCUUCUAGUGGUGUUCAUCCGGAUCCUGCAGUCUCGCUGCCCAAGUAUCCUGCCCCACAAGCUCCAGAACUGGAACUUCCUGCCUCGGUGGAUGCACUCACUGAAGCCCUGGGACCACCUCGUCUCCCUGCUCACCAGUUUCUGCCAGAGGCGCUGCUGCUGGUGCUGCCGCGUGUGUUGCCUGCUGUGUGGUUGCAAGUGUUGCCGCUGCAGUAAAUGCUGCGAGGAUCUGGAGGAGGGGCAGGAGCACUCUAAUGACAUCCCCAUCAAAGCCCCUGAGGCCUUCGAUAACAAGGCCAUGGACAGCGAGGCCCAGGAUGGAGUCAAGCCUCAAAUUGAUACCCAGGGUACAAAGACCAUUUCCAACAGCACAGCCUUUUAG